AGGGCUGGAGCGCAGUGCAGUUGCAGGGGGCGAUGUCUCGGCAAGUGGGCCCCCUGUGCGCUCUGCUCUGGGCGCUGGUGCUGGCGCUGCCGCGGGCUGGAGCUGUCGAAGAACAGCCUGUCAGUGCCAGCCGGGACUUCCAAAUUGUCACCUUCAAGUGGCAUCAUGUCCAGGACCCAUACAUCAUCGCGCUCUGGAUUCUCGUGGCCAGCUUGGCCAAAAUUGUGUUCCACCUGUCCCACAAGGUCACCAGCGUCGUGCCUGAGAGUGCUCUGCUCAUCGCGCUGGGCCUGGUGCUGGGGGGCAUCGUCUGGGCAGCCGACCACAUUGCCUCCUUCACAAUGACACCCACGCUCUUCUUCUUCUACCUGCUGCCCCCCAUCGUGCUGGAUGCUGGCUACUUCAUGCCCAACCGGCUCUUCUUUGGGAACCUGGGCACCAUCCUGCUAUAUGCGGUCAUCGGCACCGUGUGGAACGCAGCCACCACAGGCCUGUCACUUUAUGGCGUCUUCUGCAGCGGCCUGAUGGGCGACCUGCAGACCGGGCUCCUGGACUUCCUGCUCUUUGGCAGCCUCAUCGCUGCUGUGGACCCAGUGGCUGUCCUGGCUGUGUUUGAGGAAGUCCACGUCAAUGAGGUCCUGUUUAUCAUCGUCUUUGGGGAGUCAUUGCUGAAUGAUGCUGUGACUGUGGUCCUGUACAAUGUGUUUGACUCUUUUGUGACACUGGGUGGUGAUAAGGUGACUGGUGUGGACUGUGUGAAAGGCAUAGUGUCCUUCUUCGUGGUGAGCCUGGGGGGCACGCUGGUGGGGGUGGUCUUCGCCUUCCUGCUGUCCCUCGUGACCCGCUUCACCAAGCACGUACGCAUCAUCGAGCCCGGCUUUGUCUUCGUCAUCUCCUACCUGUCCUACCUCACAUCUGAGAUGCUGUCCCUGUCAGCCAUCCUGGCAAUCACCUUUUGUGGCAUCUGCUGCCAGAAGUACGUGAAGGCCAACAUCUCGGAGCAGUCUGCCACAACGGUGCGCUACACCAUGAAAAUGCUGGCCAGCGGGGCGGAGACCAUCAUUUUCAUGUUCCUGGGCAUCUCCGCCGUGGACCCCGUCAUCUGGACCUGGAACACGGCCUUCGUGCUGCUCACGCUGCUCUUCAUCUCUGUGUACCGGGUCAUUGGUGUCGUCCUGCAGACCUGGAUCCUGAACCGGUACCGCAUGGUGCAGCUGGAGACCAUCGACCAGGUGGUGAUGUCCUAUGGUGGCCUGCGAGGGGCUGUGGCCUAUGCCCUGGUUGUGCUUCUGGAUGAGAAGAAGGUCAAAGAGAAGAAACUGUUUGUCAGCACCACGUUGAUUGUCGUCUUCUUCACCGUCAUCUUUCAGGGCCUGACCAUCAAGCCCCUGGUGCAGUGGCUGAAGGUGAAGCGCAGUGAGCAGAGGGAGCCCAAGCUCAACGAAAAGCUGCAUGGCCGGGCUUUUGACCACAUCCUCUCAGCCAUAGAGGACAUCUCGGGACAGAUCGGACACAAUUAUCUCAGAGAUAAGUGGUCCAAUUUUGACAGGAAGAUCCUCAGCAAAGUCCUCAUGAGAAGGUCAGCCCAAAAAUCUCGAGAUCGGAUUCUGAAUGUUUUCCAUGAACUGAACUUGAAGGAUGCCAUUAGCUAUGUGGCUGAGGGAGAGCGGCGUGGAUCCCUGGCCUUCAUUCGUUCCCCAAGCACUGACAACAUGGUCAACGUGGACUUCAGCCUACCCCACCCAUCUACCAUGGAGGCCUCAGUCUCCUACCUUCUGAGGGAGAACAUGAGUGCUGUGCGCCUGGACAUGCAGUCCCUGGAGCAGCGGCGAAGGAGUAUCCGUGACACAGAGGACAUGGUCACCCACCACACGCUGCAGCAGUACCUAUAUAAGCCAAGGCAGGAGUACAAGCACAUCUACAGCCGGCACAAGCUGAUACCUAGCGAGGCUGAAAAGCAGGACAAGGAAAUCUUCCACAGGACCAUGCGCAAGCGCCUGGAGUCCUUCAAGUCAGCCAAGCUGGGGAUCAACCAGAACAAGAAAGCAGCCAAGCUGUAUAAGAGGGAGCGUGCACAGAAGCGGAGGAACAGCAGCAUCCCCAAUGGGAAGUUGCCCAUGGAGAACCCAGCCCCUAACUUCACCAUGAAGGAAAAAGAUUUGGAAUUUUCAGACCAUGAGGAGGCCCCAGAUUAUGAAGCUGAGACCAGUGGGGGCAUCGAGUUUCUGGCCAAUGUCACAAAGGACACAGCCUCAGACUCUCCAGCAGGAAUUGACAACCCUGUGUUCUCCCUGGAUGAGGACCUGGAUCCCAGCAUCCUUGCCAGGGUGCCACCCUGGCUGUCCCCUGGGGAGACUGUGGUGCCCUCCCAGAGGGCCCGUGUGCAGAUUCCCCAGUCUCCCAGCAACUUCCGCCGCCUGGCACCCUUCCGCCUCAGCAACAAGUCGGUGGACUCCUUCCUGAUGGCUGACAGCCCUGAGGAGCGACCCCAUGCCCUUCCUGAAUCCACACACAUGUGACACCGGCUCCGACACGCCACUGACCGGAGGUUCGUCCCCGCGCCGAAGUCUGCCCGCUGCCCCGCUGCCCCCACCCUUGCCACCUGCGAGUCUCGCGCAGUCUGCUCGCACUUCAACACCCGGGACGCAUGCACGGUCAGCAGCGGCACGGCGCGUGCACAGCAGGCGCUCAUUCCAGCGACCGCGUGCGCGCCGCCGCCCAGAACUGCGCAAGCUGGCCUCGCUGCAGCCGCCGGGCCCCGAGCUACCGCAGCUGGCGCUGGAGCAAGAGGAGACGCCGCUGUGACCAGGAUGCCGUGCCCGGCGGGGCUGCACCGACUCGGAGUCCGGGCAUCCAGGCCGGGGUCACCCUUCGUCGCUGCUGGGCUAUUGGGUCGCCGGCUUAUCCGGAGCCAACCGUCCUUGCGCACCUUGGGUUGUGAGCGAUGGCCAGAGAGGUGGGAACAUGGGCGCCACGGUUCUGUGAUCCCAGUCACCCUCUGGCUGGUGGCAUCUGUUGCGUUGGUAUCUUAGCUACGGCGUCCCAUCCUUAUCCGGGUCGACAGCGGCAUACAGCAAUUCCGGACCUCAGGACAGCCCUGUCCCCAGACAUCUCAGCCAAACUGUUCCUCAUGCCGCCCUGAGGUAGUGGCCGAAGACCACAGGGCUGGGUGGGAGGAGGAAGGACCCAGGUAGCCUGUCGCAGCCAGUGUGGGCUGCCCUGGGUCCCCUGAGAUCUUUGCAGGUUAGGCCCAGGACGGGGAGGGACCUGGAGCUUGAGCCUCCAAGGAGAAUGUGGCAGCACUGCCCUGUGCUUGUCCUGGAUGUCCUCCCACUGCCCCCAGGGCUCAGGGAUGUGGCCUUGGACAGCCCUGCCCUUAGAGCAGUGAAAAGCCGGCCACCUCCAAUCCUCAGAGCACGGGCUGAAGAUUGCCAAGGUCACUGAGGAAACCCAGAGCGGCUGAAGGCCCUCCUGGUGGCUUUUUGGAAACAAACCACUCCCAGCUGUCUGCUCAGGAAAACUAAACCCCGUCUCAGGGUCCAGGCUGACAGCUCACAUUCUCAGGGUUCAGAAGGGGUUGGCAGCAUUUGGUGUUAAUGCCACAGUGAGUCCCAGACAGCAAAAGCAUACAUUUCCUCUUCACAACAGCACUGUCACUGUUGAAAGGGACCAGUUAGUCUGCUGAACACCAAAGCCUCUUGGCUUCUGCCUCAGGGCUACUCCUGACAGGAACCCACCUGCUGUCACUGAAUCCCAGCUCAGUCCUCUUGAGGAAAUGCAGCACUUCUGGUUUCUAGGAGCUGCUCUUAGAGAGAUCAGCCAGCAGCACGGACAGCUGGCGCAACUUGGGAGCCUUGCCCAGGAUGCUCCAAGAGGCGGGCAGCCACCAGCCUGCAGCCAAGUGGCUAGCCUGCUCACAGCAGGAGCUGCCUUAACCUACCCAGGCCAUGAGAUGCAGGCUCUGAUUCCCACUGCAGGGGCCAAAGGGCCAGGUGGUAAAUCUGGGACAGAUACCCCUUGAUGCUCCAUACCGGUGUCUCUGAGGGGGGCAGCUUUGUCUAGGCUGGAACCAGAGUUCAGACAAGGAAGCAACUGGUCCUGAGAAUCCACCUCACACCCUUGGAGAGCACCAUGGCCACGUUUCAGACAGGAGAACCUUGUUGUUGCUGUCACUUGUAAAACAAAAAUGUAAACAGUCCAUGAAUGUAUUUCCUUAUGGAAGCUGUUGUAAAAAUUUUUGUUAGGAGAGUAUUAUUUAUUUAAUACUGAACUUUGGCCUACUUCGUGGUACUGUAUGUACACAUUUAGAAACUUGCUACUUCUCACUUCUGUAUUUUUCUUGAAAAUAAUUUUGUUACAAUGUUCAUUGUACUGUAUAUCAAUUGUCUAUUAUGAAAAAUUU